AUGUUUGUGCCUAUGCUGCGCUGCGUGCGUGUGCGCGCUUUUGACCUGUAGUUAAGUUCUUGUCCCGUCAGCACUUUGGGCUCGAUAAAACUCUCCUCCUGCCCUCGGUCUCUCUCUUGCGAGUGGACACGAGCCGUACAGGACCACUACACCCAGAUUGGAGCUCCGGACUUCCCGUAAUCUCCAACAUGACUACCGCUGCACAGCCCAUUUUCUCCAAGGGAGAGGACUGCAAAGCCUCCUGGCACGACGCGAGCGCCGGCUACAAUGAGGCCGACACGCACCUGGAGAUCAUGGGCAAGCCCGUGAUGGAGCGAUGGGAGACUCCGUACAUGCACUCGCUGGCCACCGUAGCUGCGUCUAAAGGUGGGCGGGUCCUGGAGAUCGGCUUCGGCAUGGCCAUCGCUGCCACCAAAGUGGAGUCAUUUCCCAUUGAGGAGCACUGGAUCAUUGAGUGCAAUGACGGAGUCUUCGCUCGCCUGGAGAACUGGGCCAAAACACAGCCACACAAAGUGGUCCCUCUUAAAGGCCUAUGGGAGGAUGUCGUCCCCACCCUGCCAGACAACCACUUUGACGGAAUCCUGUAUGACACCUACCCUCUGUCAGAAGACAAGUGGCACACACACCAGUUUGACUUCAUCAAGGGUCACGCGCACAGGCUGCUGAAGCCCGGGGGAGUGCUCACCUACUGUAACCUGACGUCCUGGGGAGAGCUGCUCAAGACUAAGUACAACAACAUCGACAAAAUGUUUGAGGAAACGCAGGUGCCCCAUCUGCUCCAGGCCGGAUUCAAGAAGGACCACAUCUCCACCAGCACCAUGGACAUUGCACCCCCAACCGAGUGCAAGUACUACGCCUUCCACAAGAUGAUCACGCCCACCGUCCUCAAGGAAUAAGAGGGAGGAAGCCAUUUUGUACAGUAUGACACUCACCUUGCCCUCACCCUGCAAAGUCUGUUAUCAAUAAAACAUCCGUCCAAAUGUACAAA